AUGAGAUCGAAGCACAACACCGUGCCCGGGUUAGCGGUGAUAAUGGUGGGGGAAAGGCGCGACAGCGCAAAGUACGUGUCAAUGAAGCAGGCGGUGGCGGAGAGCAUAGGGUUUAAGUCGUUCAGCAGCGUGCUGCCCGCCACGGCCACGCACCGCGAUGUCCUGGAGUGCAUACAACAUCACAACAAAGACCCAAGGUGCCACGGGAUCCUUCUGCAGCUGCCUGUUCCCGCGCAUCUCGAUCCCCGAGGGCUGCUCGGGGCGAUAAAGGUCGAGAAGGACGUGGAGUGCUUCAACCCGACGAACGCCGGGCGAAUGACGGCUUGGCGACGGACGGUCAUCGCGCCCUGCACCCCUCUGGGGGUGAUGGAGAUGCUCCUCCGGCUCGGGGUGGAGGUAAGGGGGAAGCACGCGGUGGUGCUCGGCGAGAGCAGCGUCGUCGGCCUGCCCAUGUGCCUCCUGCUCAACGAGGCUCGGGCGACGGUCUCGAUGGUCCACAAGGAAACGCCAAACCCGGAGGGCUUCACGCGGCGGGCGGACAUCGUGGUGGCGGCUACGGGGGUGCCCGAGCUCGUCCGAGCCGGCUGGGUCAAGCGCGGGGCCGUCGUUAUCGACGUCGGCAUCAACUUCGUCCGUGACGACGAGAGGCCGGAGGGGUUCCGCGUGGUGGGCGACGUGCACCCGGACGUGCGCGAGGUGGCGUCCAUCGUGUCCCCCGUGCCGGGCGGCGUGGGGCCGAUGACGAUCGCCAUGCUCAUGCGCAACUGCGCCAACAUGGCCUUCCUGCAGAGCCGGUGGGGCACGAUCGCGGGAGCCCUGCACCCGGACCUCGCGGCCGAGAACGCGCGGAGGAUGCACGCGGCGAUCGUCGAUCUGGCGUGGCGCGGGUCGGGGGAUCAUCCAAUCAGCGUCAGCGAGAACGGCGAGGGAGAAGCUGAGCAGGAGUGCUCGAAGAAGCGAGGGGCGAGGGACGUGAAGGCCCGGGAGGAGGCGCUAGAGCGAGCCGGGGACAGCAUCACCGACGCGGAGCUGCUGACAAUCAUCAACGACUCCGAGAAGAACGCGUUUGGUCUGCUGAGCUUCCUCGAGCUCGGGUCUUCGCACGACCGGCUCCUGGGCGCCGAUGCCUCCAGUGCAGGGACGGAGGGAGGGACGAGGGUGGGAGAAGGUGAUAGAGGCGUAGCUAGGCGAAUACCGCGGGCGUUAGGUGGUGCUGGACAAGCACCGGGCCAGGCGAGAGGGGGGAAACUAAAGGGCUGCGUCGGCGGCGAGGAGCUGGGUAGCGGGGAAGAAGGGCCCAUGGAAGCGUUGGACGAGUGGCACUUGGAGGCGGAGAGGGCCGCGAAGGAGAAGGGAGAGAUGGUCGUGCCUCGGCAGGGGAACCCUCUCCUAUUGGAGGACGAACUGGAAGAGACGGCCGACGGAACGGGGUGGUGGGAGGGUUGCGCUUCCACCCCCGUCUCUGCAUCUGCCGCUGCUGCCGCUGUUGAAACGGCUGCUUCUUCUGAAAGUGCGCGAGGGAAGGGGCGAGGGGGGAGAGAUCACCAGGGGUGAGCCGCAUGAUGGAGGCUUCGCCACUUGCUCGGGAGCGUUAGGUCGCCGCAUAUCCUAAUGUAGUUGGGGGGGUAAUGACAGCUGACAAUAGCUGAAGCUAGAUUGUGUACUCGUGUCCAGGAAUGGUUUGGGGUCCGGCGGCGUGCGGAGUAAGCCGGCAGUCGGCAAACGAGGUGCUGAUGUGGUUGAUGCCUGCAUCGCAGAGGCGCGAAACGCGUGUAAGGGUGAAUGCAUUCGUUUCGUAUGAGAUUGCGGC